AUGAAACUUCAACAUGGUCAGAGAGGCACGCUGGCCUUCACCUUAAACUGCUUGGCUUUUACUUUGGCCGUGGCUGCAGUAACAACCAGCUACUGGUGUUCUGGGACCAGGAAGGUGGUAAAGAUCUUGUGCACAGACUCAGUGAAAGCCAAGCAGAAUUACUGCAUUCACUUCAACAGCUCCGAUGUGAACAACACGCGUGUGGUGCAGUACUUUUAUGAGACCGGAGAAGAAAAGUUUUUGUUGAAGAAAUUUCACACAGGCAUUUGGUUUACUUGUGAACAGGCUGUUGAUCUUUUAGGAUUUACCUGUAGAGCUUUUUUAGAGAUUGCACCUAAUCAUGAAAAAGGAGUGUUAUGGCUGUGCAUUAUUGGUGAAUGUUUGUACAUUACUUUCCAAUUUAUUGGAGUCUCACUCAUGGCAGUGGAAAAGCAUCACUGCUGUAAGACAACAUCCCGACUUAAGCUGAACUCUUUUGCAGCCUUGUUCACUACACUUUCAGGUCUUUUUGGCAUGGCAGCCCAUAUCAUGUUCACCACAGCCUUUCAACUUGUAGUCAUUAUGGGUCCAAAAGACUGGAAACCCAAAACCUGGGACUACAGCUGGUCCUAUCUUUUGGCCUGGACUUCCUUUGCUACCUGCAUGGCCUCAGCUGUCACUGCCCUCAACCACUACACAAAAACCAUGAUCCAGUUCAAGUUCAAGCGGAAGAACAUUGCAAACAACCUGGAGUUCGUGCAUAUGUCUGUGGAAUUAUUGGACACAUAUUUGAGCUCAGACGUUGACCCUGAGGACCAGCACACGUCCUUUGAAGUGAAUGGCACCAGACUACUUUUUUCUUCAUCUCAAGACAUCGCAACACUUCACUUACAGGGGGAAGAAUCUUGCUGA